GGCGCCGCGGGCUGCACCCACCCACGGGCGCUCCCAUGAAGCGACGCUGCGAGAGCCGCGCUCCCAACUAGAAAGAUGCAAAACCGUAAUAUCCGUGAAGAUCCUAUUACCUAGGAAGAAUUUGACGUUUUGCUGCGAACGCUGUGUUGGGAUUGAUUUAUACUUGGAGUGCUCUGCACGGCUGGCAAAGAAUAAUGUUCCAAAAUCGGUCCGUCUCCCAAGGGGUCCAAUUUUUCUUCCUGGGUGUCAGCGAGCCCUGACUCACUACAGUGCAGCUGACAGGGGCUGCCAUGCUUGUGGCACACUAAGCAAAAAACAAAAGACCUAAGGACGACCUUUGAACAACACAAAGGAUGGGUUUCAAUGUAAUUAGGCUACUGAGCGGAUCAGCUGUAGCUCUGGUAAUAGCCCCUACUGUAUUACUGACAAUGCUUUCUUCUGCUGAACGAGGAUGCCCUAAGGGCUGUAGGUGUGAAGGCAAAAUGGUAUAUUGUGAAUCUCAGAAAUUGCAGGAGAUUCCCUCAAGUAUAUCUGCUGGUUGUUUAGGUUUGUCCCUUCGAUAUAACAGCCUCCAAAAACUAAAAUACAAUCAAUUUAAAGGUCUUAAUCAACUCACCUGGCUCUAUUUAGACCAUAACCACAUCAGCAAUAUUGACGAAAAUGCUUUCAGUGGAAUACGCAGACUAAAAGAGUUGAUCUUGAGUUCCAACAGAAUCUCCUAUUUUCUUAAUAAUACCUUCAGACCUGUGACAAAUCUCCGGAAUUUGGAUCUGUCAUACAAUCAGCUGCAGUCUCUGGGAUCUGAGCAGUUCAGGGGCUUAAGGAAGCUGCUGAGUUUACAUUUGCGGUCCAAUUCCCUAAGAACCAUUCCUGUUCGAAUAUUUCAAGAUUGCAGGAACCUCGAACUGUUGGACCUGGGUUAUAAUCGCAUCCGGAGUUUAGCAAGGAAUGUCUUUGCAGGUAUGAUCAGACUGAAAGAGCUUCAUCUGGAGCACAAUCAAUUUUCUAAGCUCAACCUGGCACUUUUUCCAAGGCUAGUCAGCCUUCAAAACCUUUAUUUACAGUGGAAUAAAAUCAGUGUGAUAGGACAAACUAUGUCUUGGACCUGGAGCUCAUUACAAAGACUCGAUUUAUCUGGCAAUGAAAUAGAAGCUUUCAGUGGACCUAGUGUUUUUCAGUGUGUGCCCAAUUUACAGCGCCUCAACCUGGAUUCAAACAAGCUCACAUUUAUUGGUCAAGAAAUUUUGGAUUCUUGGAUAUCUCUCAAUGACAUCAGCCUUGCCGGGAAUAUAUGGGAAUGCAGCAGAAACAUUUGCUCUCUGGUAAACUGGCUUAAAAGUUUUAAAGGGCUGAGGGAAAAUACAAUUAUUUGUGCCAGCCCCAAAGAGCUGCAAGGGGUGAACGUUAUCGAUGCAGUGAAAAACUACAGCAUCUGUGGCAAGAGUACCACGGAAAGGUUCGAACUGGCACGAGCUCUCCCAAAGCCGACGUUUAAACCAAAACUCACCAGGCCUAAGCACGACAGCGAGCCCCCCGUGCCCCCGACGGCGGGAGCCCCCGAGGGCGGCUCCGAGCCCGAGCACGACGCGGAGCACAUCUCCUUCCACAAAAUCAUCGCCGGCAGCGUGGCCCUCUUCCUGUCGGUGCUGGUGAUCCUGCUGGUGAUCUACGUGUCGUGGAAGCGCUACCCUGCCAGCAUGAAGCAGCUGCAGCAGCGCUCGCUCAUGCGGAGGCACAGGAGAAAGAAACGACAGUCGCUGAAGCAAAUGACUCCAAGCACACAGGAAUUUUAUGUAGAUUACAAACCCACCAACACUGAGACCAGUGAGAUGCUGCUGAAUGGAACGGGACCCUGCACGUACAACAAAUCGGGCUCCAGGGAAUGCGAGAUCCCACUGUCCAUGAACAUGUCAACGUUCCUGGCCUACGAGCAGCCCACGCUGAGCUACUGCGGGGUGCACCACGAGCUGCUGGCCCACCAGCCCUACGAGGGCAGCAGGCAGGAGGAGCCCAUGGACACGGGGCUGGAGGCGGAGCUGGACCUGAGCACCAUCACCACGGCAGCACGGAGCCGGGAGCAGGGGCAGCAGCUGCCCUAGGGAACCCUGGAGCCCCAUGGGAACCCUGGAGCAGGGAACAGGGGCAGCCGCUGCCCUAGGGAACCCUGGAGCCCCAUGGGAACCCUGGAGCAGGGAGCAGGGGCAGCAGCUGCCCUAGGGAACCCUGGAGCCCCUAGGGAACCCUGGAGCAAGGACAGCAGCUGCCCUAGGGAACCCUGGAGCCCCAUGGGAACCCUGGAGCCGGGAGCAGGGGCAGCAGCUGCCCUAGAGAACUCUGGAGCCCCUAGGGAACCCUGGAGCAGGGACAGCAGCUGCCCUAGGGAAUCCUGGAGCCCCAUGGGAACCCUGGAGCAGGGAGCAGGGGCAGCCGCUGCCCUAGGGAACCCUGGAGCCCCUAGGGAACCCUGGAUCAAGGACAGCAGCUGCCCUAGGGAACCCGGAGCCCCUAGGGAACCCUGGAGCAGGGAACAGGGGCAGCAGCUGCCCUAGAGAACCCUGGAGCAGGGAACAGGGACAGCAGCUGCCCUAGGGAACCCUGGAGCCCCAUGGGAACCCUGGAGCAGGGAGCAGGGACAGCAGCUGCCCUAGGGAACCCUGGAGCCUCUAGGGAAUCCUGGAGCAGGGAACAAGGACAGCAGCUGCCCUAGGGAACCCUGGAGCCCCUAGGGAACCCUGGAGCCCCAUGGGAACCCUGGAGCAGGGAACAAGGACAGCAGCUAGCCUAGGGAACCCUGGAGCAGGGAGCAGGGACAGCAGCUGCCCUAGGGAACCCUGGAGCCCCUAGGGAAUUCUGGAGCAGGGAACAAGGACAGCAGCUGCCCUAGGGAACCCUGGAGCAGGGAGCAGGGGCAGCAGCUGCCCUAGGGAACCCUGGAGCCCCUAGGGAACCCUGGAGCCCCAUGGGAACCCUGGAGCAGGGAGCAGGGGCAGCAGCUGCCCUAGGGAAUCCUGGAGCCCCUAGGGAACCCUGGAGCAAGGACAGCAGCUGCCCUAGGGAACCCUGGAGCCCCUAGGGAACCCUGGAGCCCCUAGGGAAUUCUGGAGCAGGGAACAAGGACAGCAGCUGCCCUAGGGAACCCUGGAGCCCCUAGGGAAUCCUGGAGCCCCAUGGGAAUUCUGGAGCAGGGAACAGGGGCAGCAGCUGCCCUAGGGAACCCUGGAGCCCCAUGGGAACCCUGGAGCCCCUAGGGAACCCUGGAGCAGGGAACAAGGACAGCAGCUGCCCUAGGGAACCCUGGAGCCCCUAGGGAAUUCUGGA